AUGGUCUCACUCGAGUAUGUCUCAAAGCUGCUGCCGUCGAAAGGCCUACGCAAGCUGGGCCCCAACCGAACAAAUGUUAGCGUACAAUGGAAGCUCCAGACGCCGAUGCCCUUGAUUCUCGAAAGCAGCGCGCUUUCCACCGGUACAGCACUUAUAGGGGAGGCCAUACUCGACACGACAAAGGAUUUAGACGUCAAGAGCUUCUCCGUGACGUUACGGCUCCAUCACCACUACAAGAAACCUCUUCGUCCCAACUGCCCUGACUGUGCUCACCAUUAUGUUCAGCUCCAAAGGUGGACUCUCAUUGAUAGAAGAAUUAUGCCUGCCAACGGAAGGUACCCCUUCAUGUUCACCACGCGGCUUGACAACGACACGCCUCCCUCGGUUACGACACCUCUUUUAGACCUCACGUACGAAUUAUCCGCAGAACUCAUUCUCGCCACGGGAGAGCCAAUUAUUUGGAACCAGAAUAUCGAAGUGAAGCGUUCACUGUACAGACCUCAAAUUCUUCGUGAGAGUUCUAUGAGAAUCUCGGAAACCCCAUUGAACGCGCGCUUGUCGUCAGAGCAAAUUAUCAGGCUGGAUAAGAAAGUCAAUGUAGAUUUCUCUCUCUCUAAACCUAGGCAUGGGCAAGGUGAGAUCUACGCAUGGGAAGCCAUCGGAGUAGAGUGGAGGGUUGAAGAGCACGUCGAUGCCCCACUGGGUAUUUGUGCCCGACACACGGAGCAAGACAGCGAGCCCACCAUUCGUAGGCAGAGCGUCUCUCAUAUUAUAGCAAAGGGACGACCUCGUAACGAAUGGAGGCCGUCUUGGAGUGAUCAAGAGACGACUUCGACACUAAGUUUCGAGUAUGGCCCAAUUGCAACGAUGAUUGCAAAGCGCAACAAGUCUUGCGUGUGCGAAGAGGCAUCGAACAGCGUCCUGAAGAUUUCUCACGACUUUGUCCUGGAGGUUCCGCUGUCCGCAGUAACGAUGCCAUCUGAUAAGGCUGAUAAUACUGCAGCAUCCAACAGUUCUCGGAAGAUAAGAAUUCGGCGACCAGUCAUCCUCACAGAGCGUCAGGAUGAUACAUUGGAUAAUACUUUCGAGAACCUGGGCGAAACGUUGCCGGUAUAUACGAGGACAGAAUCUGAUUUACCUGCCUACGUCUUGUGA